AUGCCGCCUUCCAUCGACGCGAUGAUCCCACAAUCGAGGAUUCUUCAACCGCAGCAGCAGAGGGGAAGCGAAAUUUUUGCCAGAAAGAGGAAGUUGUGUACCGGCAAAGCUAUGCGGCGGAGAAGAGUCGAAGAACCGGACGAGAUUCAAGAUGGAGAAUACGAGGAGGAAGAUGACCAACUGAUUGACGAUGGAGAAGAAGAGUAUUAUGAAUAUAUGGCGAAGCGAGGAAACUCUACCAGAAAGCGAUCGCGAUCUAGUUUCAUUGACGACGCCGCGGUGGAGGACAACGAGGAAGACGACGAUGAGGACUAUGGAGGUGGUGGUAGUCGGAGCAAAAGGCGAAAUUCUAGAAAGAAGGGUGAGUGCUUCUUUGAAACUCAGGCCGUUGAGGAUGGCGACGAAGAUGAAGAUGAAGAUGACGAAGCCGAUGGAGGAGAUGACUUUAUUGAUUAUGGUGGACGGGAACUACCCGAGGAAGAUGAUGGCAGACGGGUUCACCAGAGACCAUUGCACGAGCCAGAAGACGAGUACGAAAUCGUCAGAAGACUCGAGGAAAGAUAUUCGAGAGCAUCUCAACGUGAAAGUGAUGAAGAGGCAACAGGGAUAGGCCAACAGGGUCUCUUGCCUUGUGCUGGACGUGAGCGAGAGAUGGCUGUCUGCCUCAUGCAGAAGUCCAUUGAUAGAGGUCGUGAUCAGUUGCAAAUCACAUCUGUUAUUGCCCGUGAUCACCUGGAGAAUUAUAUAUAUGUUGAAGCACAUAAAGAAUCACACGUGAGAGAGGUAGUUGACGUGGAUAAUGUGCGACGGAGAGUCACAGUGAAGGUGAUUCCCAGAAUUGACAUGCAGGCUAUUGCUACUAGACUGGAAGGACGAGAAGCCGGGGAAUCCAGGAAGGCAGUUGCUCCUCAUCCUCGCUUUAUGAAUAUCAACGAGGCUAGGGAACUUAAUAUUCACGUGGAGCGGAAAAGAGAUCCGUUGACCGGCGACUACUUUGAUAAGAUGGAUGGCAAAUUGUUCAGUGAUGGUUUCCUGUACAAAAGUGUUGCGAUGAAAUGCGUUACUGCUGCAAACAUCAGGCCAUCUUUUGAUGAACUUGAAAAGUUCGGUAAACCCGGAGAACACUCUGAUGAUGGUAGGAUCAGCUUGUCAGCCUUAUCUGGAAACCGGAAGAAAGAACAAUAUUUGAAGGGUGAUGCAGUCAUUGUUCUCAAAGGUGAUUUAAAGAACCUUAAGGGACGGGUUGAGAAAGUUGAGGCAGAUAGUGUGCAUAUCAGACCUGAAGCGAAGGACCUACCUAGAACACUUAGAGUGCAUGAGAAGGACCUCGGCAAGUAUUUUGAACCGGGCAAUCAUGUCAAGGUUGUGUCUGGAACUCGAGAAGGUGCAACGGGUAUGGUUGUCAAGGUUGAUCAACAUGUGGUCAUUAUUCUGUCGGAUACAACAAAGGAACAUAUUCAUGUAUUUGCUGGGGAUGUGGUUGAGUGCUCGGAGGUGGCUAGUGGUGGUGUUACCAAAAUUGGAGAUUAUGAGCUUCAUGAUCCUGUGGCGCUGCAGAAUGGAGGCAGAAGGGGAGGACAAGGUGGCUUGAUAGGUAGCACAAUCAAAAUACGACGGGGUCCGUUCAAGGGAGAGCGUGGGCGAUUGAUCGCAAUGAUAUCUCUAACAAUGUGGCGGAUGCAGCCCCAUACCGUGAUUCUAGUCGAUAUGGCGUCGGAAGUGAGACCCCCAUGCAUCCUUCUCGGACUCCAUUGUACAUCUCCCAUGAGAGAUGCUAAUGUUGGAAAUGGUGGCGGCGGGCGAGGUAAAGAUAAUCGGCUGAUUGGUGUGGAUGGGACGGAUGGAAUAGUCAAGUUGGACGGCACUCUUGAUGUGGUGGUGAUCUUAGACAUGGUUAUGCUAGCUAGCUAA